CCGGAAAAGUGGUUCGUUACUUCCGAAUUAGAAUGCAAAAUGAACAUGUGCAGUUCUCCAAGCAGUGAUUCCUUGGCUCUUAUCUCGUUUCUCAUCACAGUCAUACUCUCAACAACUUACGCAUCAGGCAAUACCAGCUAUUCCUUAAAUUCAUCCACAUCAAGUACAACAGUACCUCCAUGGGAUCAGAGGGAAGCAUAUCCAUCCGUUGGGCCCGGCUCUCACGUGGAGGACGAACCCAGCGACUACGAAGUAUGGUCCGCCAUCGUGUCCUCCAUGGCUCGCUGGGAAGAGAUGAAGAAACGGAAGGCCCAUAAGUCACAUGUCCAUAAGCGAGCGGAAGAGGUGGUCUGUUACAGAGGAUUCGGGUGUUUCAGGGACGAAGGUGCUUUCGAUUACCUAGAUACCCUUCCCGCAUCCCCCGAAGCCAUAGGAACAAAAUUCAUCCUCUAUACGAACAAGACGCGGAUGAAUGGAGAGUUGCUGUGGUACGACAACAGCUCGUCGCUGUACUAUUCCCAUUUCAAUGGCAGCAAUCCAGUCAAAAUUAUCAUCCAUGGAUUUGGCAGCAGUGGACGCAGGAUGUGGGUGCUGCAAAUGGCGGAAGCCUUACUUGCUAUGGAAGACGUGAAUGUGAUAGUGGUUGACUGGGAAAAAGGAUCCGCCCUACCCAACUACGUCCAAGCAGCAGCCAAUACGCAGUUGGUUGGGAAGCAACUGGCCGCUCUCAUGCGGAUGAUCAACUAUGAGAGAGGUAUCUCGAACCAAGACUAUCACCUUAUAGGAUUCUCGCUAGGGGCACACGUGGCAGGAUUUGCGGGCAUGGAAUGCCGCAACAUCAGUCGCAUUACAGGUCUGGAUCCUGCGUCACCGUUGUUCGAAGGUUACGAUUCUAAAAUCAGACUGGACCCCAGUGAUGCCACAUUCGUUGAUGUUAUCCAUUCUAAUGGCAAUAGUUUCCUGAAGGGAGGAUUGGGGAUGUUCGAAGCUUCCGGGCACGUUGAUUUCUACCCGAACGGGGGUCGUGUUCAAAUUGGCUGCAACAAUGUUUUCAUUGGGGCUGUCACAGACAUUAUUUAUGGAAAAUGGCAAAGUCUGUGCAACCAUCGCCGAGCUUUUCGGUUUUUCAUCGAUUCCAUUGUACCUACGUGCAAAUUUCCAGCCUUUCCCUGCGACAGCUACGAGAACUUUCUGGCUGGCAAAUGUUUCAAGUGCAUGGGCCAAGGAUGCGUCAACAUGGGAUACUACGCUGACCGCAGUCCGCAUGCGCGUGGAAAGUUCUAUCUCGUCACCAGGGAGACAGAACCUUUCUGCGCUAAUCAGUUCAGAAUUUCUAUUGCAAAUACAAGAGGACAAGGCACAACUUGGGGAAAGCUAGAAAUUUCAUUCUUGGCAGACGAUAACAGUAAUGAAACUUUUGUUCUUACCAGCGAAAGCCAAGAAAUUCAAGACAAGCAGGACAUCCAGGGUUUGAUUGUCGCUGAUCCCAUCCUGCGGAACGUGAGCGCUAUCGUCAUCAAAUAUUCCAAGUAUAGAGGAUGGAUUUACACAGGUCUCGACAAAUGGGACAUAGACAAGGUACUCAUCCAUGACAGUCAAGGACAAACAUUGAGUUUCUGUGGCCACGCCACAUCAAUCAUCAGCAACGAGCCAAAGUUUAUUCCACUUGCCAAAGGUGACUGCAAAGUUGAGCCCACUACACAGAGGCUUGCGAGAUUAAUUUGGCAGGUGGUUGGAGAACCUGUGAUGGGCAGAGAUCCACGACCCCCGAAACUGUUGUGGAAAAUCAUGGUUGAUGAUAAUUCCAAAUACCAUUGGCAUAAUUUAUGACGAAAGCUCAUCUACUAAGGAAGUAUACAUUGACCAAAACGUUAUUAUGACAAUGGCGCAAUGACCUUAGUGGUGGAAUUCUGAAGAAAUUCCA